GGAAUUAAAUUUGUAAAAGAAAAAAGAAAAAUAGAAAAAGUCGUCUUCACACCCGCCGACGGCUCUUCCAAAACUCUCCUCAGUCCACCUUCUCCCUCCGGUCUCUCUCUCUAGAUCGCAUCUUUCCCUCCGUAAAUCUUCCCAUUUUUACUUCGAUUGCAUACUGAUUAUCAGCUGUAAGUGAAAUUGGCCGUUAACCGAUCGCUGUGCCGUUUCGGAGUUGGUGUUUUUGGAUUAGGAUCGAGAACCGAACGGGCAGGAUCUAGAGUCAGAAACGCCUCUCUGCUGGAACUGAUCGGAGUAGAGAGGACAUGGCGUUGUCAGGUAUGAGGGGUUUAUCUGUCUUCAUCUCCGAUGUUCGUAAUUGCCGGAACAAAGAACAGGAACGCCUUCGUGUUGAUAAAGAGCUGGGCAAUAUCCGUACUCGCUUCAAAAAUGAAAAGGGUUUGACACCAUAUGAAAAGAAGAAAUAUGUUUGGAAGAUGCUAUACAUAUAUAUGCUAGGAUAUGAUGUUGACUUUGGUCACAUGGAAGCUGUAUCCCUAAUAUCUGCACCGAAAUAUCCAGAAAAGCAGGUUGGGUAUAUAGUGACAUCAUGCUUGCUCAACGAGAAUCAUGAUUUUUUAAGACUAGCAAUUAAUGCAGUCCGUAAUGAUAUUAUUGGUCGCAAUGAAACUUUUCAGUGCCUGGCAUUGACACUGGUUGGGAAUAUUGGUGGUAGAGAAUUUGCUGAAUCACUAGCACCUGACGUCCAAAAGUUGCUUAUUUCAAGUAGUUGCAGACCACUAGUGAGAAAGAAAGCUGCCCUAUGUCUACUACGGCUGUUCAGGAAAAAUUCUGAUGUUGUGAAUGUAGAUGGCUGGUCAGAUCGGAUGGCGCAACUAUUAGAUGAACGUGAUAUUGGUGUUUUGACAUCAUCAAUGAGUCUUUUUGUUGCUUUGGUGUCCAACAACCAUGAAGCAUAUUGGAGUUGUCUUCCAAAGUGUGUUAAAGUUUUGGAAAGGCUUGCUAGAAAUCAGGAUGUACCUCAAGAAUAUACAUAUUAUGGCAUUCCUUCUCCAUGGCUUCAGGUCAAAACAAUGAGGGCCCUUCAGUAUUUCCCAACUGUUGAAGAUCCAAGCACAAGAAGAGCAUUGUUUGAGGUUCUACAACGAAUACUCAUGGGAACAGAUGUGGUGAAAAAUGUUAAUAAGAACAAUGCUUCUCAUGCUGUAUUAUUCGAAGCUCUUGCACUUGUCAUGCAUCUUGAUUCUGAGAAGGAGAUGAUGUCUCAAUGUGUGGCGCUGCUUGGGAAAUUUAUAGCUGUGCGUGAGCCGAAUAUCCGGUAUUUGGGUCUGGAGAAUAUGACUCGAAUGUUGAUGGUUACAGAUGUUCAUGAGAUAAUCAAAAGACAUCAAGCACAAAUUAUCACCUCACUGAAAGAUCCUGAUAUCAGUAUCAGGAGACGAUCUCUGGAUCUUCUUUAUGGCAUGUGUGAUGUCUCAAAUGCCAAAGACAUUGUUGAAGAAUUAUUGCAGUAUCUUGGCACAGCAGAUUUUGCAAUGCGUGAAGAGUUGGCACUGAAGGCUGCUAUUCUUGCCGAGAAAUUUGCCCCUGAUUUAUCAUGGUAUGUGGAUGUUAUACUCCAGUUGAUUGACAAAGCAGGAGAUUUUGUCAGUGAUGACAUUUGGUUUCGUGUUGUGCAGUUUGUGACAAACAAUGAGGACCUUCAGCCUUAUGCAGCACUCAAAGCCAGAGAGUAUCUUGAUAAGCCGGCCAUACAUGAGACAAUGGUGAAGGUUAGUGCUUAUCUGCUUGGGGAGUACAGCCAUCUUUUGGCCAGAAGACCUGGUUGUAGUCCAAAGGAGAUUUUUAGCAUCAUACAUGAGAAGCUUCCUACUGUAUCAACACCAACAAUCGCUAUUCUUCUUUCAACGUAUGCAAAGAUUUUGAUGCACUCACAGCCACCGGACCCAGAAUUGCAGAAUCAAAUUUGGGCAGUAUACCACAAAUAUGAAAGUUGCAUURAUGCUGAGAUACAGCAAAGAGCAGUUGAGUACUUUGCAUUGAGUAGGAAAGGUGCAGCUCUAAUGGAUAUAUUAGCUGAAAUGCCUAAAUUCCCAGAGCGCCAGUCCUCGUUGAUUAAAAAAGCCGAAGACACUGAUGCUGAUACAGCAGAGCUAAGUGCUAUCAAGAUGCGGACACAGCAGCAGGCAUCUAAUGCUCUGGUGGUUACCGAUCAGCGCCCUGCAAAUGGCGCUCCACAAGUGAGCCAACUUGCUAUGGUUAUGGUCCCUAGCAUGAACGAUGUGGAUCAUGCUUCUGUUGACCAACCGGUGACCCAGGCCAAUGGGACUCUGAGUGUUGUUGAUCCACAACCCUCUGCUCAGGAUCAUGCUCAUGUUCGUUCUGCUGCUCCUGCUGCUGAUAUCCUUGGGGAUCUUUUAAGCCCACUGGCUAUUGAAGGCCCUCCUGGUGGAUCUGCUCCUUCAGAGCAGAAUAGUGUUUCUGGACAUGAAGGUACACUUGGUGUGGAUGAUGCUUUAGCUCUUGCACCUGUUGGAGAUCAUGAACAUACAGUCCAGCCAAUAGGAGAUAUUGCAGAAAGAUUUCAUGCAUUAUGCCUUAAAGAUAGUGGGGUGCUAUAUGAGGAUCCCUAUGUUCAGAUUGGCAUCAAAGCAGAAUGGCGAAGUCACCAGGGUCGGCUUGUCCUUUUCUUGGGAAACAAGAAUACUGCUCCACUUGAAUCGGUACAUGCAGUGAUAUUACCUCCAUCCCAUUUGAAGCUGGACCUCUCGCCAGUACCAGAAAUUGUACCUCCACGAGCACAGGUUCAAAUCCCACUUGAAGUAGUAAAUCUCCGCCCAAGUAGGGAUGUUGCUGUUCUCGACUUCUCCUACAAGUUCGGUACCAGUUUGGUUAACAAUAGACUUCGCCUUCCUGCAGUCUUGAACAAAUUUCUUCAGCCAAUUCAAGUAUCUGCUGAGGAAUUUUUCCCCCAGUGGAGAUUGCUAACUGGACCACCUUUGAAACUUCAAGAAGUGGUUAGAGGUGUGAGACCGAUGUCAUUGGGAGAGAUGGCAAAUUUGUUCAACAGUUUGAGGUUGAUGGUUUGUCCUGGACUGGAUCCAAAUGCAAGUAAUUUAGUUGCAAGCACAACCUUCUAUUCUGAAAGUACACGAGCCAUGUUAUGCCUGGUAAGAAUUGAAACCGAUCCAGCUGACAGAACACAGCUCCGCAUGACAGUGGCAUCAGGAGAUGCCACACUCACGUUUGAGUUGAAGGAAUUCAUCAAGGAACAAUUAGUUAGCAUUCCUACAGCUGCAAAACCUUCUGCACCUGUGGCUCAGCCAACUACUCCAGCCAUUGCAGCAUCAGACCCGGGGGCUAUGCUCGCUGGUUUGCUGUAAAAAACUUUGAACAGAAUAUCAUCAAAUACAAUCCCAUUGUCAACAAACUGUAAAAUGGUUUAUAUUAGAAGCAGGCAAUGAUACAAACAAGCGUGGGCUGGCGGCGGGAUUAAAAGGUAAGCUUACAAACGAGCGGCAUAGCAAUAGAGUUGGAUUUGAGAGGGGUUUGAUGAGUGGGAUUUUUUUCAGGUUGUGUUAUUAGGUCAUGUUUUCUUUCUCAUUUUUGGUGGUGAGGGUUUAUCUGUUUAUAUAAGUUUUUUUUUCGGUCUUUUCCUUCGGUUAGUUUUCAACAUUUACCUUUGAUAUUUAUUUAAGGGUCAUGUUGCAAUUGGAUCAAAUUGGUUGUGUAAUAUGAAUAGGAUGUGAAAAAUUGCCAAAGGGUUGAAGUUGACUGUAACUUUAUAAUUGCAUUUGGUUGCCGAUUGAUUUGU